AUGUCUGUCAAGCGCCGAGCCUCCAAGCUGGCUGUCAUCACUCUAUUGCAAAUCGGAUCAGUAUUUGCACUUCCGACCACCACUGACAGCGUCCGCUUCGAUUGCAUCUUCAGUGCAACCUCGGGCGGUCAUGUCCUCAAAUAUGACCUCUGUCCUCUACUAAGUCGUGCAAAGUAUAGGAUAUCGAGAGAUGUAGAAACACCGCCUUCCAUAACCAGGAUACAUUACGAUAUCAGUCUUGGCGACUAUAUUCCUUGGGAUGGCACUCUUCCGGCUCGUGAUCAAUGCGAGCAAGGGACAAACGUCUGCAUGACUGUGAUCAGCGAGCGUCCUGAUCAUCGGCUCGAACCUCCUAGGACAAUAUACGUCGUACCUGUAGCAGGAAAUUUCCCGGAUCGUCAGUUGAAUGUGACUUCCAAGCUUUCUCGAAAGAUAGAUUCUAUGGGAAAUCUCCCUCUCACGGUGACGUUCCGUGGCGGUUUAUAUAUGGGCGUUCCUCAAAAGGCCGUUUUCACUUUUAUGUGUGAUUCAUCGGUCACUGAGCCCUCAGAACCAACGUUGUUGUCGCACGCUGACCCUCUUGAAGACCAAGGGAAUCAUAAACUGGUCUGGAAAUCUAAACAUGCAUGUCCCCUAGGCGGAUAUCCUUCAGGACAGAGAGAUGGUCCGCCUGAGCCAACUCUACCUAUACCAGUACAUGACCCAUUACCUGGUUCUCAAGAUGGAGGGCGCAUGGCUGGUCCUGGAACAGUCGUCAUAAUUGUACUCCUCGGGAUGGUUAUAUUUGGAAAUCUCAAGAGGCGAUGGGCGGGAAGGCAUAGUACCAGUCGCUACCGUUCAUUCGCACUCUCGCGUGUUAGCCCUGCGGUUCACCACGACGCUGAUCCGCGCUCACCACUUACCCCACAUACCCCCGAUGCACACCACAUUCGGAAAUAUACCACUGUAGACUAUUUGCUUAGUCAUCUUCCCAAUUCGACUGAUCAACCCAACGAUCCCUCACUUUCCUUUGCCCAUCAUCUUCCCCCUGGAUCCCUACCGGAGCUUCAAAAGGGAAUCGAUAAUCUAGAGCUGUUCCAAGCGGAUGUGACGGACGAACAUGCUGUCAAGAAACUGUUUUCGCGCGGCGGAGAGUUUUUCGAACAGGAGGUUCAGGUGUUAAUUGGCAAGUCCCUUGAUAAAUUCCAUUUAAAGGAUGUGAACCUCGUAGACAUGGACUUGGCACAGUGGAAGCGAACAUUGGAUGUGAACUUGACAGGCCCAUUCUUGCUUGUUCGUGAAUUCCUUCGGCGUCUUCGCAAACCACGACGAAAGUUUGCACCUGAUUUAUCAAAGGUCGCAGUCGUCGUUAUAGGGAGCACCUCGGGAGAAUUCGGUGAGGCCGGGCACGUUGAGCGGGCAAUCGCGACUGUUCCCCUGAGAAAAAUAGCCACUACAAGUGAUAUAGCUCGACAGGUUUUGGUACUUGCUUCUUCGACUUUUUCGGGGCAUGUAACAGGGCAAAAUAUUAUUGUUGCUGGUGGAAUGGAAGGACGACUACUUAACCCUCCCGGAGAGACAAGUGCAAAACACGAGGAUGGAAGUGCUACUGCUGCCGCUAGCACCAGCCCAAGGGCAAAGCCCCGGAUGGAUCUCGGGUUCACUAAUGUUCACGUCCUCAUCACAGGAGCCUCAGGUGGCAUUGGUUCCGUCAUCACUAGACUAUUUUUAGACCACGGGGCCCGAGUUACUGCACAAUACAAUACGAAAACUGGGGUCCUCGAGCAGUCCGAUAGACUUCAUUUGGUGAAAGCCAACGUUACCGAUGCGGAAUCCGUAAAACAGUUGUUCAUCACUGCUGGAGAUAAAUUCAAGCAAGAAGUCCAAAUUCUUAUUGUGUGCCAUGGAAUUUGGGUGAAGGACGAGGUGGAUCUAGUUGACAUGGAGCCUUCACAGUGGACCGAGACUGUAUCCGUGAACCUGUUUGGCACUUUGCUUGUGGCCAGAGAGUUUCUCAGGGCUUUACGAAGUCCUCGACAAGACUACGAACCUGACCUUUCCAAGGUGGCUAUGGUGGUAAUGGGGAGCACAUGUGGAGAGUUUGGAGAAAAAGGACACAUAGACUACGCGUGCGGAUCUUCUGGACUUCAACACGGACUUGUUUGUACAUUGAAACACGAAAUCGUUAAAAUCGCACCUCAGGGACGAAUCAACGCGGUAUCUCCAGGAUGGGUGAAUACGCCAAUGGCAGGAUUUUUCUGA